UGGCUACUGAGGUGAUUGUAUCAGCGCGCUGUAAAUUGUGAUUAUUUUGUUUAACCAAAAGAUUAAUUUAAUGUGAAAGUGUUGUGAAUAAUUACAUUCCUAAAUUAAUCAUGCCAUAUGCCUUAAUGCGCCACUUGCGCCGUACAGCGCUUAUUACUCAACAACUACGAGUUGAGUCGACCAUGACGAACUUAACUCGGGAAGACUUUCUGUUUCGUCCCCCUCUGGCUCAUUGGACAAAAAUUAUCAAAGAAGCUGAGAAAAUAGUUGGGUAUCCAACCUCUUUCAUGAACCUACGGUGGCUGUUGAGUGAUGAGUUCGCCAAUCUAGCAAUGCAUUUACGGAAAGUGGUGGAUAGCAACCAUCCGAUAAUAAAAACAGCUAAAACUGUCCUCUUCAAUGAACAGAACAAUCUUCAACCUUGGGGCCUUGUCAUUCUGCUAUUGUCCAAAGCAUUUGAGCCAUCUAACUCAACUCUUCUAGAUGACCAGGUCACUCAAAACCAAAGGAUACUCGCUGAAUUGACAGAAAUGAUACGCACAGGUCAUUAUGUACAUCGAGGGCUACUGAAUAUAUCAAUAGAAGAAAGAAACCAAAGUACAGACACAUCUAUUUUUGCUAAUAGGAUAGCUGUACUUAUCGGCGAUUAUUUACUGGUGACUGCAAACGGCAUGUUAGCAAAGUUGAAGAAUCAGGAUUUAUCAUAUUUAAUUUCCACAGCUCUAAGGGAUAUAAGCGAAGGAGAGUUCUUCGGUGAAAGAGAUGCGCAAAACAUGCCACUGCCAGGGAAACCCCUAUUUGUUAGUGUCGAUGAAUUUGAAAUAAGCAGCGAUACACUUCCACUAGAUGUUAGGAAUACAUUAGGAUCACCAAUAAGAGAGUGGACACUACGGACAAUGUAUAACGGUGGAUCUCUAUUCGGUCGUGGGUGCCAGGGUGCUUUGUUACUCUCUGGACAGACACUAGAAGAGCAAGAGAGAGCAUAUCUUUUUGGCUCUCAUUUAUGUUUAGCUUGGCAAGCAGCUAGUGAACUGCAGAAAAUAACAUCAGAAAAGAAAGAAUCGUAUUCUUUAGUCAGUGCUCCAGUUUUGUUCGCGUUAAAUGACAAUCCAGAUCUAUAUUCAGAAAUAGAAGAGGCAAAGCAUAAUUCAGCUAAUUUUGAUUUUAACAAAUUCCGAAUGGAUGUGCUUAAAACAAAUGCUAUUGAACGGACUAAAUUGUUAUAUAUUAACAAUGCAAACAAAGCAAAUGGUUAUAUAGAUAUGUUGAGUGAUAGCAGUGUUAUGAACACUGUUAAGGGAUUAAUCAAAACUUUAUAGUACAUAUAAUGUGAUGAGUUUUUUAUAAUACUUGUUGAUUGUGAUAGUAAACAUUGUUUAGUAUAAAUUGAAUUAGGAAGAAAAUGGUCGGUAGUUGUAUAAUGAAAAGUUGUUUAGUAUGUAAUGUUUGUUAUGUGUAGUUGAUUGUUUCCUAUAUGCUCUGUUACCAGUAUAUUAAGUUAUAAGAAAGAGAAGCUUUCAAAAAGCUAACAAAUUCUUUUGAAUGGAGUUUUACAUUUUGAUGUAAUUUGAUAUUACAAAGCAUUUAUUUUGAUGUUUUUAUGACCUUUAUUGAAAUGUUUGUAUGUUCAGUUUAAUUACAAUUUGUUGCAAAUACCAUUUCUUUUUUCAUCAUGG